CCGCGAGCGAGCGGAGUGAGGACUCUGACAGCCACGCGCGCGCGUGCGCGCCCGGCCCCAACGCGGCCCCGCGACCCUCGUCGGCCACUGAUAGGCGCACGGGGUCUGGGCCGCUGCCGUCUGGGAUUCCCGUUCCGAGGCGUCCCCGGCCUGAGUCCCGGAGCGCCAGGUCACGCCCGCCCCGUCUGUCCCGGCUCGCGUCCUUACCUCGCCGCCGUCAGGGCCCGCCCCCCACCUCCCCUUUCCGCCCGGGGCAGGGUCCUCGCGGCCCAUGCUGGCCGCUGGGGACUCGCACAACCUAGACCGUUCUCGGGCCGGCCAGCCGGCCACCAUGGUGGCCCCGAGGCCUGUGCAGCAACUCCAGGGGGGCUAACAGGCCCAGAGCGCAGGCCUUGGGGCGCCAGGGUCCCGGGCCUGAGCCUCGCGCCAUGGCCGGGGCCAUCGCUUCCCGCAUGAGCUUCAGCUCUCUCAAGAGGAAGCAGCCCAAGACGUUCACCGUGCGGAUCGUCACCAUGGACGCCGAGAUGGAGUUCAAUUGCGAGAUGAAGUGGAAAGGAAAGGACUUAUUUGAUUUGGUGUGCCGGACUCUGGGGCUUCGGGAAACCUGGUUCUUUGGACUGCAGUACACAAUCAAGGACACCGUGGCCUGGCUCAAAAUGGACAAGAAGGUGUUGGAUCAUGAUGUUUCAAAGGAAGAACCAGUUACUUUUCACUUCCUGGCCAAAUUUUAUCCUGAGAAUGCUGAGGAGGAACUUGUUCAGGAGAUCACGCAACAUUUAUUCUUCUUGCAGGUAAAGAAGCAGAUUUUAGAUGAAAAAAUCUACUGCCCUCCCGAGGCUUCUGUGCUCCUGGCUUCUUAUGCUGUCCAGGCCAAGUAUGGUGACUACGACCCCUCUGUUCACAAGCGGGGAUUUUUGGCCCAAGAAGAAUUGCUUCCAAAAAGGGUAAUAAAUCUGUAUCAAAUGACUCCAGAAAUGUGGGAGGAGAGAAUUACUGCCUGGUAUGCAGAGCACCGAGGCCGAGCCAGGGACGAAGCUGAAAUGGAAUAUUUGAAGAUAGCUCAGGACCUGGAGAUGUAUGGUGUGAACUACUUUGCAAUCCGGAAUAAAAAGGGCACAGAGCUGCUGCUUGGAGUCGAUGCUCUGGGACUUCACAUCUAUGAUCCUGAGAAUAGGCUGACCCCAAAGAUUUCCUUCCCAUGGAAUGAAAUCCGAAACAUCUCAUACAGUGACAAGGAGUUUACUAUUAAACCACUGGAUAAGAAAAUUGAUGUCUUCAAGUUUAACUCCUCAAAGCUUCGUGUUAAUAAGCUGAUUCUUCAGUUAUGUAUUGGGAACCAUGACCUAUUUAUGAGGAGAAGGAAGGCUGAUUCUUUGGAAGUUCAACAGAUGAAGGCCCAGGCCAGGGAGGAGAAGGCUAGAAAGCAGAUGGAGCGACAGCGCCUUGCUCGAGAGAAGCAGAUGAGGGAGGAGGCUGAACGCACGAGGGAUGAGUUGGAGAGGAGGCUGCUGCAGAUGAAAGAAGAAGCAACAAUGGCCAAUGAAGCACUGAUGCGGUCUGAGGAGACAGCUGACCUAUUGGCUGAAAAGGCCCAGAUCACUGAGGAGGAGGCAAAACUCCUUGCACAGAAAGCUGCAGAGGCUGAGCAGGAAAUGCAGCGCAUCAAGGCCACAGCUAUUCGGACAGAGGAGGAGAAACGCCUGAUGGAGCAGAAGGUGCUAGAGGCUGAAGUGCUGGCACUGAAGAUGGCCGAGGAGUCGGAGAGGAGGGCCAAGGAGGCAGAUCAGCUGAAGCAGGACCUGCAGGAAGCCCGUGAGGCAGAGCGAAGAGCUAAGCAAAAGCUUCUGGAAAUCGCCACCAAGCCCACAUACCCGCCCAUGAACCCAAUUCCAGCACCGUUGCCUCCUGACAUACCAAGCUUCAACCUCAUUGGUGACAGCCUGUCUUUUGACUUCAAGGAUACUGACAUGAAGCGGCUUUCCAUGGAGAUAGAGAAAGAAAAAGUGGAAUAUAUGGAGAAGAGCAAGCAUCUACAGGAGCAGCUCAAUGAACUCAAGACAGAGAUCGAGGCCUUGAAACUAAAAGAAAGGGAGACGGCUUUGGAUAUUCUGCACAAUGAGAACUCUGACAGGGGCGGCAGCAGCAGCAAGCACAAUACCAUUAAAAAGCCUCAAGCCCAAGGCAGAAGACCUAUCUGCAUUUGAGCCCUCAAAGUAGGUUUCCCAGCUCACCUUGCAGAGCGCCAAGUCCCGAGUGGCCUUCUUUGAGGAGCUCUAGCAGGUGACCCAGCCACCCCAAGACCUGCCACUUCUGCUCCCAAAACCAGCAGAAUGGGCCAGACACCGUGAGAAACAUCCUUUGGGGGCUGGCUGGGGGCUUCUGUGGGAGCUCCGGAACUUUCCCCAGCUGAGUGGAGAGCCCAACCCCCUUUAUGUGCAAUUGCCUUGAACUAUGACCCUGUAGAGAUUUCUCUCAUGGCGUUCUAGUUCUCCUGACCUGAGUCUUUAAUUGUUUUAAGAAGUAUUUGUCUUCCUUUGUCUGAUGUGGGAUCCCUCAUUUUCUUCAUCCCAGGCACCUUGGUCUGUGUAUCUUACUGUCCAGGGCUGGCUUCCACGGCCCAGGCUUGGAAGUGGUUGUAGGGAGUGAAGUGCAGAGACCCCUGGAGGCCAGGAGGCUGGUGUCACCACCCCCAACCCUGCCCAGGGCCCCAGAACUUUCAUCCUUUCCAUGGGUGAAGACCUGGCACAUGGUGAGGAAGCACAGCUCGGCUGAGCCCAGGCCCAGCUCAGCCUGCCUACUGCAGCUUUGCAGUGAGCUUGCCUGCAGCUCGUGAUGAGCAAAGUGCUGGUUCUCUACCAGGCACCUCCAAGGCAGCACUCUGGCUAGCAGCUGGUGGGGAACAGGCAGGACAGCUGUGAUUGGGGAGAGACUUGAGGCAGAAGCUGUGACGAAGGGCCGGCUGCCAGCCAAGGGGUUGGGAGGCAAGUAGAGCCACGUAGGGAGCUGAUGGUACAAAGCACUCGCCGCCCACCUCUCGCCGCCUGCCUCUAAAGACCAGGAUCUAAGAGGCAGAUGGGGGCCACGUGUCUUUCCCAUCCUCCGCAGCCUUGGGCUCUCCUGCCUGUGUAGAGCUGGGGCCCUUCCUGGCCAUGCUCUAGUCAGUACCUGGCAACCUGGCUGUGACCGGGGGUUCCUUAGGCCCUGAAGCUUCACUGGUACUUCUUAGGCCCAAAUACCAAGCUCUUCUGGCUCUGGUCUGUGUUGCCAAUCUACAUCACCUACCCUGGCCACAUGCAGCAAGCCCUUCCCAACCCACAUUUGUGCCUGGGCCUCAUUUUGCCCUUGUCUCCCUGAGGACCCUUUAUUUUAUACUCCCCCAUGGGCCCAGAAGGUCCCUUUGUGCCCCUCCCAGCACUAGCCUGAUGCAGGUGUCCAGUCACAAAUGGUGCCCACACAGGCUGGUACAUGACUCACCUCCAUGCUGGGCAGUAGCGGGUCACAAAACCAGUUCUCACUCCCUCCUUGGUCUGGGGCCACUUUUUGUCCUUUCUUUACUCCAUGGCUGGAGGUGCUGCUGUGACCAGCCAAGACCCUUUAGAUCCUUCCAGUUGGGCCAUUACACAGAGCAGGUGAUACAUCUUAAUCAGUGAAAACACACUUAUCAACUGAAGAUGUAUAAGGGCCUUACAGCUCCUGAGAGCAGAGGUGGUCUCUUGCAAUUCUGUCUGGUUUGAGAAACUAAGAAGCUCAUAGAGAUCCUGCCUUUUUCCCCACUAUCAUGCUGACCUAAAGUGUUGCAGGCUGGCUGCCACCUCCUUAGGCCACCUUGCCCUGAGGAAGCUAGCCCUGUGUGUCACUUUAGCCCCUUACGGCAUGCAGGGUGGGACUCCACAUCUGGAGCUUAAGUGUGGAUGGCUGUGGCUGGAAGAGUUGCCCUGUGUCUUCCUCUCUUUACAAAGCCUCCAGCAUUUGUAAAAGUCUGGCUUCUGUGUUUUGUGGCUCUGUCUCAGUUUUAAAGCCCAUCCCUGAAUUUCUACCACUUUCUUCCCGAUCUGUAAAUCUGUUCUUUAAACUGUGGCUGCAGGGCACAGGAGCAUGAUGGUGGUUUAUAAAAAUGAUGCUGGGCUUUGUUUUCUUUAACUGCUGUGUGUACUUCUAGACUAGGAAAUGACAAGCCAUGCUGCCUCAAGGGAGCUGGCUGGAAUCUGAGCUAUGGCAGGAGCACCUGGAGCCCCAGGUAGCAGGCUCAGCGAAACCUUGCUCAGCCAAGAGCACCUCUGCUCUCCUGGGGGCAGGAAGUAGCAGCAUCGCCCCUUGGAUUGAUAAGGUGGAGAGGUUGUUGGCCUUAGAAAGGCCUCGAGCCCCAGUAGCAGGAGAAAGAAUCAAAGAGGUGCUUGGUUUUCAGAGACUUGUGUCUGUGGCUGAGGUGGCUGUCCUUUUUAAGUGAACAUUUUUAGGGCCCAGGAGCUGGUCAAGUAAGGAAGUCUCUGAAGUCCAUAGAGCAGGGUCCUGGCCACAAUUAUUUCAUCAUGAGGGCUUCUGAUGGUUCUUGGGCAGAAGCACCACGACACAAACUGCGAAGCCUCCGUCCAGCUCAUGACACUCCGUGAGGCUGUGCCACGCAGCACACACCACCUUGUUCAUCCCACUUGAGGCCCCCCCUCAGCCACAGCAGUGCUCUGACCUAUGGUGUCCACUUAGUUAUUCAUGUACCCGCCAGACCCUGCUAGACAACACCCUGUGGCAUUACAUAACACUUCUUGAGUGACAGUGUCUUGUAAUCUUGGGGACAGGUUUCUCUUUCUUCCUCUCUUUUCGUUUUCAAAAGUCUAGAAGCUGACAACCAGUGAUGGUGACUAAGUGUUCCUCACUGACAGGCCUGGGCCUCAGAGCCCCAGGAGAGAGCGGCCUUGGCGGGAGACAGCCUUUCCCAGUUGCCCUGGGGCCAAACCUUUCUCUCCUGGGCAUUCAGGGAAGCUCCAACCAUUUUCAGAGAUGUCAAACUUCACUUCUUCCUGUGGGGCCUGAGUCCCACCUUCUGUCAGGGCCAGACUAUGGAAGGCUAUUUUCUAUUCUGGGAGACCGUUGUAAUUUAAGUGAUUGUUUUAAUAAAAAUUCUAAGUUGGAAAAAGUC